UACAGCUCACCUUUUGGCUCUCUGUGCCAAAGCUUUUAAAUCCUCCCCUACUUCUUUGAGAGCACCAGCAUUUGUGGCUCUUGGUCAUCUGGCAGGAACGGUGCCUCAGCCUUGAGGCGAUGCCCGUCUCCCCUGCAUUCUGAUUCCUCUCCUUCGGCCUCUGCAAGUCAUGGAAGAGGAAGGAAACAGGAUUAGAAUCCACUGGUGGGUCAGGGACUGAUGAUGCUGUUCCCCAGCCUCCCAGAGGACGCCUGAGCAUGGCGUUGCCAUAGCGACGGCUUCUACUGCUCCCUAGAUAAGACAGGCAAGAGCGUCAGCUGCAGCCCCAGCCCCUCCAGCGAGCCUCGACGCCAAACUGCACCUUCCUCACCACCUCGCACCGCUUUUUUUGUUCGUUUGUUUGUUUUGGGUUUUUUUGUGUGUGUCUGUGUGUGUGUAGUAUCUUCAAAGGAGGAGAAAAGCCUAUUUCAAUGAUGUCAACAGAAUAUGUUCAGCCACUUGAUAUGCCAGAUGACAGACUGGAUAAGCGAGAUUCACAGUGUAACCAUUUAGAAGAUCUUUCAGAGCAGCUGAUUAAGAGCUGUGACCUCAAAAAAAACCCAAGAAAAGGUAAAACCAUCCUAGUUUCCCAAAAUGCUGAACAGGAGCAAAAAAAGCCAAGGAGAAAAGAUACACCAGCUUUGCACACUCCACCACCUAUAACAGGCAUACUUUCAGACUUUUCUGAUAAUCUGCUGAAAAGGUAUGGUAUCACAGAGAAGCCACAGAGAGAGAGAGUGAGUCCAGUCUCUCAGAUCACUGAACUGGAGCAGAAAAAGCCCAGGAGAAAAGAUACACCUGCAGUACACAUCCCACCUUUGAUAAUGGGCACUAAGCUGUUUACAGAAGAAGAACGAACAGUGAUUAUGGAAGAUGAAGAAAAGGAUGGAGACACAAUCCACAGUUAAGAUUACAGUGAUAUUUCCAAUAAUGCAGUGUAAAUAAUUCUGGGUCAUUCAAAGUGGCAGCACAUAGAAAAGAAAGUUCUUUCAUUUUUAUAAAUAAUAAUUUUCUCAAGCAUGCACUUGAUUUUAAACUAUCAUCAAGUGUUUAUCUGCAUCUCAUGAAUUCCCAGCAAGCAUCAUAGGAGAUGAUGACAGAAAUUUCACUGACACCUGGGGUUUGAAUGAUUCUGUUGGUUUACUACAAAUGGCUUCCCAGCAUUUCUGUAAAUUAGGAAUCCAUCUCAGAACAGAUCUAGCUUUGUGCAAUGUGGUGAUAAGGCUUAAUACAAAGGACAGCACUCAUAGAGUGUACCUGGAACUAGAUACCAGAGCAGUAAAACAUCAACUAAUCAUUCGAAUCGCAUUUUUCUCCUGACAUUUUACCUAAUUUGUCCAGCUUUCCUCUUCUGGAAUAACACUGACCACAGUGAAAAUUCCCAUGUGCAAAGCUGAUGUGAUAGAUGGAGAAGGUGUGAGAGCAGGAGCCAGACCCUGAAAUUGAAAGCAAAAAUUUCUUCUGCCUGUAUCUGCUCAUGACUUGUGUUUGUGAGGAGGAAAAGAGAGAUUCACUGUAGAAUGAAAAUUUACAUCUAAGGGCUGUCAGCACUGACACAUCAGGAUGGAGGGAAGAGCUCUCAGAAGAGAAACAUCAGGGGAGUACAAUGCCUGCCUGUUACAUCAGUGUAAACAACUACCUCCACCGGUCAGUGAAAGAUAAAAUAGUUGGACGGUUGAUCCUUUUGCUCCAAAUAAUUUCUUUUGACAUCUGCUUUUUAAAUUGAGUUCCAGGUCAGUUAGAAGAGGUGGAAAAGAUUGAAAAUCUUUUGGAAAGUGGAAAGUGACAACUGAGUAAUAGGAAUAGUGUUACUCAAUGGCAUAUGCCUACUGCAAGGUGGAACAGCACCAUGUGAUUUUUUUUAUUAGUUUACCUCAUUGAUUCAAUCAAUAAUUUUCACAGCGAGCUACAGCCUGGUAGAAUGGCCAGUUUGUGCUUACCUUAAUAGCUCUGGGAUAGAUAGAGUAGCACUGCCAGCUGGGCCCUUAGGGACCUGAGCAGAGAGGUUGAAGAUCGUAGAAUCACAGAAUCAUAGAAUUAACCAGGUUGGAAAAGACCUCUGAGAUCAUCAAGUCUAACCCUUGAUCCAACACUGCCGUGGUUACUAGACCAUGGCACUAAGUGCCACAUCCAGUCUCAUCUUAAAAACCUCCAGGGAUGGUGAAUCCACCACCUCCCUGGGCAGCCCAUUCCAAUGCCUGAUUACUCUCUCUGUAAAGAAUUUAUUCCUAAUAUCCAACUUAAACCUCCCCUGGCAGAGCUUAAGACUGUAAAUCAUCUAGCCUGGCAGACUGAAUUUAGUUAUCUUUUUAACUCUCUUAGGUAGACAGCUGAGGACCACACUAGUUUGGACUUCAUUUGCCACAGUGACUGACCCAGCAUCUUUCAUGAGAAUGCAGUCGAUUCGCAAAUAUUGAGCUUCAAGAUGUAAUCAACAAGCUUAUAAUAAAUAAUUGCAUAUUAAAGUGUACAA